UGUUAGUAAAUUAGCUGAAAAACAGUGCUUUUUAAGUCCUUGACAUACUGCACCGAACGUGCUACAGAGCAUGGUGGAAGCGGGAGCGAUCUCAGUUCACGUUCGCAUUGAUAGAGCCUAAUUCCUGUGAAACUAAUCAGCUCUCUGGAGCUGCUAAGAUCUAGGGUUUGGGUCAGGAAGCUAUCGAAAAAACUUUGUUGGAGGAGCUUAUGGCGAUUCCAGUCGAAGAGGCAAUUGCUGCCUUGUCCACAUUCUCUCUCGAGGAUGAGCAGCCGGACAUGCAAGGACUAUCUGCUGUACUCUCUAUUGAAAGAUGUGCAACUAGUAGCCCUACUGAGUAUGCUGAUGUUUCUGCUUAUCGAUUAUCUCUUACGGAGGAUACAAAAGCAAUCAAUCAAUUGAAUACUUUGAUCAAGGAUGGAAAGGAAAUGUUAUCUGUGCUGUAUACAUAUCGCAGCUGCGUCAAGGCUCUUCCACAGCUUCCCGAUUCUAUGAAGCAUAACCAAGCUGACUUGUACCUUGAAACUUACCAAGUUCUUGAUCUGGAGAUGAGCCGUUUGCGUGAAAUUCAACGGUGGCAGGCAUCUGCAGCUUCAAAACUAGCAGCAGACAUGCAGAGAUUUUCUAGGCCUGAGCGGUUGAUAAAUGGACCAACCAUAACCCAUUUCUGGUCAAUACUAAAGCUGCUUGAUGUUUUAGUACAACUUGACCAUCUUAAAAAUGCAAAAGCAAGUAUCCCAAAUGAUUUUUCAUGGUACAAGAGAACUUUCACCCAAGUAAGCAUUCAAUGGCAAGACACUGAUACAAUGAGAGAAGAGUUGGAUGAUCUGCAGAUUUUCUUGAGCACAAGAUGGGCCAUAUUACUAAACUUGCAUGCUGAGAUGUUCCGUGCAAAUACUGUCGAAGACAUCCUACAGGUUCUCAUAGUAUUUUGUGUUGAGUCUUUAGAGCUGGAUUUUGCACUAUUAUUUCCAGAGCGCCACAUGCUUCUUCGAGUUUUGCCUGUUCUAGUUGUUUUAGCUACCUCAUCUGAGAAAGAUGCCGAAUCACUUUAUCGAAGAGUGAAAGUCAACCGCUUGACCAGCAUCUUUAAGAAUGACCCAGUAAUACCUGCAUUCCCUGAUCUUCAUCUGUCACCAGUUGCAAUAUUGAAAGAGUUAUCUAUGUACUUCCCCAGUUUUUCCAGCCAGACACGUUUCCUCACUCUUCCAGCUCCGCAUGAAAUACUUCAUCGUGAAUUGCAAGAAUAUAAGAGGCAUUAUUUGGUUGUAAACUGCAUUGGAACUAUUAGAGCUGAGCAUGAUGAUUUCUCUAUUCGCUUUGCCUCGGCAGUCAAUCAGGUCAUAAAUUUGAAGUCGACGGAAGCUUCCAACCCGGAUUGGUGUAGAGAAGUAAAAGGAAAUAUGUAUGAUAUGGUUAUCGAAGGAUUUCAGCUUCUUAGUAGAUGGACAGGACGGGUUUGGGAGCAGUGUGCGUGGAAGUUUUCUCGUCCUUGUAAGGAUCCAGUGACUUCGGAUUCUAUUAGAGGCUCAACUACUUUUUUCGACUAUGAAAAGGUGGUGCGCUGGAACUACACCUCAGAUGAAAGAAAAGCUUUAUUAGAGCUUGUGAGUUACAUAAAAAGUGUUGGUUCAAUGAUGCAACGUUGUGACACACUAGUAGCAGAUGCUUUAUGGGAGACGAUUCAUGUAGAAGUGCAGGAUUUUGUUCAGGAUAAACUUGACACAAUGCUACGAACUACAUUUCGUAAAAAGAAAGAUUUAUCAAGGAUUCUUUCUGAUAUGCGUACACUUUCAGCGGAUUGGAUGGCCAAUACAAACAAGCAUGAUGCUGAACUGCAUGUUUCACAUCAAGAAGGAGAAAUGUCUAGACCGAAUAUAUUUUAUCCAAGACCGGUUGCACUUACUGCUGCCCAGGUUCAUUGUCUGCAAUUUCUGAUCUGUGAGCUUGUUUCUGGUGGCAAUUUAAGAAAACAUGGAGGUCUUUUUGGAAACAGUGGUUCUGGAAUUGCUGUUGAUGAUCUCAAGCGAUUAGAGACGUUCUUUUACAAGCUCAGUUUUUUUCUACAUAUUUUAGAUUAUACAGCCACGAUUAGUGCGUUGAUGGACCUUGGAUUUCUUUGGUUUAGGGAAUUCUAUUUGGAAUCGUCUCGUGUUAUCCAGUUUCCAAUUGAAUGCUCCCUUCCGUGGAUGUUGGUGGAUAAUGUGAUCGAAUCUCAAGAUCCAAGUCUACUUCAAAGCAUUCUGAUGCCAUUUGAUAUUUACAAUGAUGCUGCUCAGUAUGCUCUGACCAUUCUUAAACAGCGUUUUCUCUAUGAUGAAAUUGAAGCUGAGGUCGAUCUUUGUUUUGAUCAACUUCUCUAUAGGCUUACUGAGAUUAUUUUUUCAUAUUACAAAAGUCGUGCUGCAAGUGAUUUGCUAGAUCAGACAUUUCUAGCUUCUUGUAAUGAUGAGGACAAAUAUUUUGUGAAACCAAUUCUGUUUAAUGAAAUAUUGAAGCUUACGAGAGUGAAGUUACUAGGGAGGACCAUUGAUUUAAGAAGCUUGCUCACUCAAAGGUUGAAUAAAAUAAUCCGAGACAACAUUGAUUUUCUCUUUGAACGAUAUGAGAGUCAGGGUUUAUGUGCCAUUGUGGAAUUACAACAGCUUCUUGAUGUUCUGAAGCACACACAUAACUUGCUGUCAAAAGAUCUUGAACUAGACUCCUUCAAUCUGAUGCUGAAUGAAAUGCAAGAAAAUCUCUCUCUUAUUUCUUAUUCAAGCCGCCUUGCCUCUCAGAUUUGGACAGAAAUGCAGAAUGACUUUUUCCCAAACUUUAUCCUCUGUAAUACUACUCAGCGCUUCAUUCGCUCAAUAAAGGGAGCUCGGCAGGCUCCCCAAAGGGCCCCAGUGUCCAAUGUGAAAUCCUACUUUUUCUGCGGCUCUCAGGAUUUGAAUGCAGCAUACCACAAUCUGGCUGGGAUGUACUCGGAGUUCUUUGGAAUUCCUCAUAUGUUUGCAGUUGUCCAACUUAUCGGUCUUAGAUCACUACCAUGGAUUAUACGAGCCAUAUUAGAUCAUAUAGCAAUUAAGGUGAACGAAAUAGUACCUAAAAUAUAUGGGCUACAAGAUGCACUGCCGAAAUCUAUUGGACUUCUUCCUUUUGAUGGUGGUGUGGCCGGUUCCCAAAAGAUAAUUCAUGAACUCCUGACCUGGGGAACUAAAUCUGAACUUAAAGCUGAAGUGCUGCAAAGUUUGAAGGAGGUGGGAAGCGCACUCUAUUGGACGAGCCUUCUUGAUAUUGUACUGAGGGAAACAGAUACCAUGCAAUUCAUUCAAACGGCACCAUGGUUGGGGUUGACCAUUGGAAGUGAUGGACAACUAAGAGAGGUUGAUAGUGGCGAUAGUCCUCUUGUGAGUUUGUUCAAAUCUGCUAAAGCAGCAAUUGUAUCAAACGAAACAUGUCAAAAUCCAAAUUCCUUCCACGUCAUGUCAAAGCAAGCGGAAGCUGCUGAUAUCAUAUACAAAAAGAAUAUUAAUUCUGCAAGUGUGCUUGAAUAUGCACUAGCUUUUACAAGUGCAGCAUUGGAUAAGCAUUACAGCAAGCUGAGUGCAAAUCCAAAAACUGGAUUUAUUGACAUCACCACUUCAAAGGAUUUUUAUCGGAUUUUCAGCGGUCUACAGUUUGAAUACUUGGAAGAGAUUGUUCUUGAUUCUACUUCCAAAAAGCUUGAUUCAUUGGGGGACUCAGUUGCAUGGGCUGGCUGUACUAUCAUCUAUUUGCUUGGCCAACAGCUGCACUUUGAACUCUUUGAUUUCUCAUACCAAUUCCUCAAUAUUGCUGAAGUAGAAAAUGCAGCCAUGGCUCAAACCCAAUCUUUUGACCGGGCCAAAUCGGCGAAUCACUCGCAGGGUUAUGAGAGUCUGCUGGAAGCCAUGAAGAAGGCUAGAAGGCUGAACAAUCACGUGUUCUCCAUGUUGAGAGCACGUUGCCCGCUGGAGGAGAAGAUAGCCUGCGCAAUAAAGCAGAGCGGAGCCCCACAGCCUCGAAUCACCUUUGUUAACACGCUCUCCGCCUUCGAGACGCUGCCCCAGAAAGAUCCCUGAACCAUCUCUCUCUUUUUUCCUCUAGUAUUGCUAUGGUUCUUUUAGUUUUUCACCAUAUUUUGCUUGAAUUUAUGAUUAUAAAAACAACAUUCAUUGUUUAUGACCAAAAUGUUUUAUUUAGGUUUUUCACCAUAUUUUUUUCCCAAUCA